AUGGCUCUCAUGAUCAUGAGGAGCUCUAUCAAUGUCUUCUUCGACGGCUACCAGUCUUUUACCUCCAUUGCUGCUCUGCUCGUCUUGCCGGCUUCGACUUCCAUUCUGUUGUCGCAGGCGAUGGUUCCGUUGUCGGGGCCCGUCAUCAAGACUAUCUCUCUCCGGCUGUCGGCCAUGUUCCUGGCCGCGAGGUUCCCUGCUUCGUCGGACUUCUUCGCCCUGCUCAACUUGAAGCUCUCACAGACCGUGUUCACCUUCGUGGCCACGCUUCCGCUUGUCCUCACGCUCCUCCUCGUGGCCAAGGCUUGCGUCAUCCUCGUCGUGUGUGGCGGCCGGAGGAGCCGGCAUGGGUCGCCGCCGUUGUCCGCCGCUCUGCGCCGCUACUGCUCGAUUCUGCCUACACACCUCUUCAAUUCCUUCGCCAUCCUCUCUGCCAACGCCGCCGUCUUCGCCUUCCUAUUCCUCGCCUUCAACGCCGCCGACGCCCUCAGCGUGGCUUCCAACUCCACCCUCCUCCUCCUCCUCUCCGCCGCCGGAACCGUCCUGUACUCCGUCGUGAUCGCCAACGCGACCGUGAUCUGCAACCUGGCCAUCGUCGUGGCCGCCGUGGACGGCUGUGGCGGGCUGCUCCCGGUGCUCAAGGCAUGCUUCCUCGUGAGGGGGCAUGCGUCGACGGCCCUGACACUGGCUUUACCGGCCAACCUCGGAAUGGCCGCUGUGGAGGCUCUGUUCCAGUACAGGGUGAUCCGGCAAUACAACAUUUCAGGGGAAUUGAGCUCGUCUUUGCUGUGGGAGGCCAUUUCCAUCGUUUACUUAUACGCAUUGCUGCUCGUUCUCGAGGUCAUCAUGAAUUGCAAGUUAGUUCAUCAUCCAAAUCAAUGCUUUGGGACUGUACAUUUGAACGAAAAUGCAGUAUUUCCUGCUGUUUGUGCGAGCUUCGAGGACAGAAAGCAACAAAAGAGCAUGGAAGUUGUGAAGGACCAAACAGAGGUCGAAAGUCUCAUGUCUACAGGACUGAAUAAAACGGCCGAGGCUCCACUGUCAAAACCGGCUUUUGAUGGCCAUGAAUUCAACGUACAAUCGACUGGGAUCGUAGUCUCAUGCCUUAAGUCCCCGCCCACCCACCAAGCAAUAACCAUCAGUUAA